AGAGCGAAAAAUAAGUAGCGAGAAGGAAUCUAAGAACAUGGCAACGAACAGUCCAGGACAAUCGAUACAUCUGAAAUCGCCGCGUAGUCCUCGCCAGCUACCGCAAUUACCGCAAAUCCCGAUCGGUGGCCAGAGAAGCCCCACGCAACUGUCGGUGAGCAAGUCGCCCGGGACGCCCCUCGUCUUCGAGUUCCCCCCCGAGUAUUAUCCGGAGACGCCCAACACGAAUUUCGACUUCGAGCAGUUUGGACGGUCGAAGGAGGGCGAGGCAAGGGGGCCGCCAAGGAGCCCGAGCUACUACUCGCAUCAAGGGUGCAGGAGUCCCAAGAGCCCCAACCCCCACUCGCCCGGCAGAAAGUCGCCGAUAUUUCAAUUCGUGGAGAGCCGAAGGAAUCUCGGGAAGACGAUGAGCUAUCCACCGAGAAGCCCCGCAUCCGGCUCGCCCGCGAUCCCGCCAAGAUCGCCCAGCUCCGCGAGUUUCGUCCCGGGGAAGAGCGUGGUCGGGAAACCUUUCGAGCAUCGUAAGAACUCUUGUUUCUCUGGUUUAAAUGGAUCGAAGAGGGAUGGUAUGCAGGCGGCGAUCGGAUUGUCUAGCCCGAAGCACGAGCGUGAAAAAACGAGCGUGGAACAGCGGGAGGGGAAUAACGCGAGUUACAAGAACGGAUCGAGGCCAGGUUCGGUGGAGGGAGGAGGAUCGUCGAGGGAGAGAGGCGAUAGUCCGAAGAGGGGGAAGAGGAGCAGUCAUUUUAAUCGCAGUCAAGGGUGUUUGAACGAGGCUGAGAAUAGUCAGGGCGAGAGCCAAGAGGACGUUUACGGGAAGAAUGGAAGAAAUAUCUCGAGGAGGUCGACUAGCGACUUGACCGAUAUGGGGGACGCCGACACGGAAGUCACUCUGCUGUCCAGCCCUAGAAGAAGAGGAUCCAUGAAGGGUGGCCUCGCCUAUCUCGCGUCCAGGCGUGGCUCCCGCGAUAGCCAGUGCUCCAAUUUGUCGAACAUCAGCAACGAGAGCGUGGGCCCGUUGAAUUUCACAGCGCACCCCCGUGCCAGGCAACGGAGAACCUCUAACUUCUUGGAAUUGCCCGUGCCGGAUCACAUCAGGCCACGAGUACACAGCCUGCCAGAGAAAGCGUACAAUCCGAGAGCAGGGGAGGAUCUGUACAGACUGCGGGCAUUCAGUAUCACCCAUAAAGGCGUCGUUAAUCGUGGAGAUUCGAUUAUCUCGAGGCGCAGCAGGAGCAAUACUUCGGUCAACAGUAGCAGGAAUAGCAAUGUCUCGGGUGAAAGAUCGCCGUUCGAAGGUUCCUGUUGCAGCGGGCAGGGCGUCGGCGCGGAUAGCACGGAGAGCGAAGAGAUGGAGGAGGUUUCUAAAUAUCGGGUGGUGCUGCUCGGUGAUUCCGGUGUCGGGAAAACAGCCCUCGUCUCGCAAUUCAUGACCAGCGAGUACAUAAACACGUACGACGCCAGUUUGGAUGACGAGUUCGGCGAGAAGACGGUGUCAAUUUUGUUGGACGGCGAGGAGUCGGAAAUGGUGUUUAUCGAUCAUCCGCACGUGGAGAUGAGCGUCGAGAAUUCUUUGUCCACCUACGAGCCGCACGCCUGCAUCGUUGUGUAUUCUACCGUGUCUCGCACGAGUUUCCAGGUCGCCGAGGAGAUUUUAAACUAUCUGUGGAGGGAGCAUUACACGCAAGAACGAUCCGUGAUCGUGGUCGGCAACAAAUCGGACCUUGCGAGAAGUCGGACGAUCACGGCCAACGAGGGUAAGCAGUUGGCGGCGUCGAGGGAGUGCAAAUUCAUCGAGACGUCCAGCGGUAUCCAGCACAAUGUGGACGAGCUUCUGGUAGGCGUGCUCAAGCAGAUCCGGCUACGGGAGAAUCGUGACAAGAAGCUGAAACGGCAGGGUAGCAAGAGGAGGAUUCUGUCGAAGCUGCACGGCAGUAAGACGGCGCUCAGCCUAAAUCUCGCGAGGGAGAUAUUGAACAAGAUGUGCUUGAACGACAGCAAGAGCAAAAGCUGCGAGAAUCUGCACGUAUUGUAAGGGAUGUGCCGAUUAAUCGAUCCACGUUUCAAUUCGUUUCCCAAUUCGUUUCAUGGAUCGCG